UGGUUGGUGCUGGAGACUACAAGUUUGAAAAUGAAAAGUCUGGGUUGUGUAAAUGAAAGAAUUGAGGUUACCAGACCUCUGUAGCCCCCUCCUCAUCUCUGCUUCAGGGUAUUAGCUUGUUGGAUAGUGGGCAAUCUAUGUACAGAUUUUACUGGUCAAACUGUCCAUUGUGAGUGUACAAUUUUAUAGAAGUGCAAUGCUCUAUUAAGAGUUGAAAAAUUAGAUUUGAGUGCAAAUAUGCUUAUUUAUUUUCUUGCCGAGAGCUUGAUACCAUUCUCAUAUGCAUACACUAAAUAUAAAGUUACUGGGUUAAGCUGAUUAGCUUAUCUUUGCAUAAAGACUGGAAACAGGGGGAAUGGCCCUGUCUAAAGGUAACAAAAUCCUAUUUAUCAGCACCUGUAAGGCUCACUCAUUUGUUUAAUUUUUAGAAAGUGCAUUUCUUGGCCAGACUUCAGGAAGUCACUGCUCCCAGCCAAGAUAGUAGUGUAGGAUACAUGAGCCCAAGCACAUGUAUUUGCCAAAAUAUCAAAUUAUUCCUUUACCAAAUAAACACUUUGAUUUUUUAUUGAGUAAAUUUGGCAAUUAAAGGCAACUAAAAUGCUCUAAAUCUUUAUACAGAUCCAUCUGUGAUAAACUAAAUUAGCCAAUAGUAUUAAACAUGCUGAUGUAUCAAUCAGGCUCUACUACACAAAGUACAAGUGUACAUUGGAUUAAAAAAGAAAAAAAGAUUUGAACGUGUUCCAGCAACGCUUUUGAGAUUUAACUGUGGUGUGUCCCCGCUGUACCUCCGCUGCUCCUCACAGGGACGACACACCUCAGCCUUGUGAAGUGUUGACCUCAUGCUUGGUAAUCUCUUUAUCUCUCCUGCUCAGCCAGCGUCGAAAAUGGACAGCGAGCUAAUCUCUAUGGGAACAUUGGGUAAUACCGUUGCAUAACAUUUCAUCUUGGUAAAAGCCUGGAGAUCAACCUUGGCUACACACAACACAACAAUCCCCCAACCGCAAAGGUGUGUUUUUCUUCUACCUGCAAACGACAGCAUUCAAAUGGCAUACUGUAUGUUGCAUCCUCAGUGAGCACAUUUAAUCUCUUGCGCAGUUUUAGACUCAUUUUUGCUUCCCAGAAAAAAAUGAGGCCAUUUGAGGGGAUUGAGAAAGACCUAAAUUAAAGCAGGAUUAGAGGUCAUGACACCACUUUAAUCCGGCCUCCCACCGCGAGAAUGCAGGUGGGAACAGGGGUGUGGCCAGGAAAGCUGUGCAUGCAGGCCUGUUGUCUGUCCACUUGACUGAUGGCUCCAAUGGAUGCCCCCCCUCCCCUCCCUUCCCCUUCUGUGUUCCUUGCCAUCAUUGUACAGUAUUCUGCUAGAGAGCACAGAGCAGGAGGCUAUGAUGGCAGGAUAGGACUUUCUUGAAUGAUUUCAACACAAAUUAGACUUGAGUAUGUACAAAAAAUUGUUUUCCUGGGUCUCACUCGAGGAGAGCAGCAAUUUUCACAAUGGACUAUACAGCUGGGUUUUGAUGCAGAGCAGCAGUUUGGAAAAUUGAUGACCUUGUCCUCAGCCUGCUGCAGAGAUGCCAAGGGGUCAGUACCAUGUGACGAGCCCCAGGCUCCACCACAGCCGCUACAGCCUGACAGACAGCUCUGAUGCCAGCCCAGAGGAUGAAGAAGCAGACCCUCCGAUGCGCUUCACCGCCCUGCAGAAGCUCACAACGGACAUGUGCAAGGACGAGAAGACCAUCAAAGACCUGAUUAUAGGCCGCAGGGUGGGCUUCUACAAGGUGCGCGGGGAGAUUGGCUAUGGGACCUUCUCCAGGGUCAAACUGGGUUUUCACGCUCUGACGAAAGACAAAGUGGCCCUGAAGAUCCUGGACAGGACAAAGUUGGACAUUCAGGCUCAGCGGCUGCUCUCCAGAGAGAUCACCAGCAUGGAGUCUGUGCAGCACCCUAACGUGCUCCGUCUGUACGAGGUGGUGGAGACGCCAAGUCGCCUGUUCCUGGUGCUGGAGUAUGCAGGAGGAGGAGACCUCCACAACAGGAUCUGCAAUGAGGGAAAACUGUCUGACAACACCAGCAAGGUCACGUUCGCCCAGGUCCUUUCUGCCAUCAAAUAUUUGCACAACAACGGCAUCAUCCACCGUGACCUGAAGGCAGAGAACGUCCUGUUUACCAGCAGCGGCUGCGUGAAGGUGGCCGACUUUGGGUUCAGCACCAGGGUUUCAAACCGCAACGAUGCCCUCGACACCUUCUGUGGCUCGCCGCCAUACGCUGCCCCGGAGCUCUUCAGAGACGAGUCCUACCUGGGGCCUCCGGUGGACGUGUGGGCCAUGGGGGUCUUGCUCUUCUUCAUGGUGACCGGCACCAUGCCGUUCCGCGCUGACACCAUGGGCAAACUGCGGCACUGCAUCAUAGAAGGCUCCUACACCAUCCCCCCCUGGGUGCCCGGCCCCUGCCAGAGGCUCAUCAAGGGCAUCCUGAAGCAGGCCCCCAGCGACCGUUACGCCGUCGAUCAGAUGCUGGGCUGCGACUGGCUCUUACAUGUGGAGUUCCCCUGGUCGCUGGUGUCUCAAGAACCAGAUAACUCUAUGCAGAGCUUGCUGGACUCGGAGCGGGAGCUGGAGGAUGAAGAGGAACAGGAGGAGGUCAGGAACGCGCUGGAAGAGCUCGGCUUUACCCAAGGCCACCUACGGAACAAUUCACUCAAAGACAGCCGCAACCCCGUCACUGGAGUUUAUCGAAUCCUACUGCACCAAACGCAGAAGAGGAGGGGCUGUGACAGCCUGCCUGUGGUCCGGGGGAUGGUGAGGGACCCCAAGAGGGAGGGUCUCCGGGCCUACCGGGGCCUCAGACACACCUCCAAGUUCUGUGUGCUCUCAUAAGACAGUUAGAGACACUUCAGCACAGUUUUUUAUACAGAACUCUUUUAUACCAACAUGAAAUUUAGAAGUAGAAGUUUUUUUUUUAUUUCAUAUUUGACAUUGUUCAUGACAAUAAUUGUGUUGUUUAUUUAUGGUAAGUGAGUUGUAGUUUUUACUGACAGUUUGUAACUUUUGAUACAUUUGUUUAACUCCUACUGCAUCUUUUGGGGAUUUCAGAAUAGUGUAUGACAUAUAUACAAGUGCCUGAUGAAAGUACUUUAAGUGUAUAAAAUGUUUGAUUUAACCUGUAAAACCUGUACUAACCGCAGUAGGUCGUUCUACUCUAGGACUGCAGGUAAUGAUUCAUUAUUAAUUAAUGUCUUUAUUAUGUUUGAUUCAUUGUUUGAUUCAGUGAUGGAAAUGUGACUCAUAGAUUAUGGCCUUGAUGUUAUGCAGGCAUGAGAUGUCAGCAGAUCAGCUAAAGAUCUGAUAAUGAUUAAUGAGAAAUAUUUUUUUUCCUUAUCAGAUAAGAAGCAUUUUGAAAGCACGCAGUAUGAGACAGAAAGCCAGACAAAUUGUUUCUUUUACAUACCUUUAAAUCAUCUCAGAACCCCUCAGAUUUACUUUGUUGAGAACUACUGGUCUAGUCUGUAAAAUGUAAACAAAUGGUGACAAUUAAUUAAGUUUCCAGCCUGAAAAAAACAUUAGUUUACAAUAAUAUAAAACAAAACUCAGUAUUACUUAAUGGUGUAUUUCCAACUAAUCAAAUAACUGUGUCAUGCAAAACCAGAUUUUAGCUUUUUUAUCCUUGUAAGUGCACAGAGGGGGUUAAGUAAAUAAGAACAGCUUUGUAAGUUUGUGUAAGGGGGGGGGGGGGGGGGGA